AUGACGGAGGACAGUGAAGUUGAUAGGCUCAGCAAGUUGCCUGAUGACGUUUUGCUCAACAUUGUGGAGCGACUUGAUAUCGCUGAUGCUGCACGAACCACCAUCCUCUCCCCACGUUGGAAACAGAUCCCUGCGAUACUCUCAAAGAUUGUUAUUGUGGCUGGUUCUUUUGAGCCCAAGCACGAAAGGAGGAAGAUAACCUCAGAUGAUAUAGUUUGGGCCAACACCACCGUGCUGGAAGCUGCUAGGUGCAUACUGGGAAGGAGGGCUGGGAGUCUAUCCACCAUUCACCUGUUGUGCAUGCAAUUCUACUUGGGAGAUGAGUCUGUUUUCAUUGGCCAGACUGUUGCCAACACCAUAGCAACACAAAAGGUCGCUUCAGUCGAGUUUACAAUCAUGACGAAGGUGCGCAGAAAUUGUUCUGUUGAUGAACUGCUCACUUAUGGGAGGCAGUUCAUGUCAUUCUAUGGUUCGUGUCCAAACACAUUUGGUGGUCUUGCACGCCUCACGCUAGAGAAUUUGAGGUUGGGUGAAUCAGACUUCCCCAAAAUUUUCAGUAUUUGCAAUCAACUGGAGUUCCUCCGUCUCCAACAGUGUGAUGCGAGGAAUAUGUCUUUGCUGGAAGUGGAACACGAACAGCUCCGUGAAUUACUGAUUUUUUGUAGCAGUAUUAAGAGGGUUGAUCUGAAGUGUGUACCAAAGCUCACAAUUCUGAAAUUUAAUGCUUUUAUGUCUCCAGAAGACCCCUUCUGUCUGGGCUAUGUCCCACUGCUUCAGACUGUGACCAUCAUUAAUACUGGUCUUUCGCGGCACAAGAUGCUCAAGUUAAGCGAGUUGCUGGGUAAGACCGCCAUAAGCAUCCUCCAUUUGAACUUCAAAUGUGAAAAGGUUAGUGGAGGCCCACAAUGUUGUCCGAGUGUUGUGUGUUGUGGAGAGGUUGUAGUCAUUAUUUUUGGUAAACAUACUUCUGCAUUAUCCCCCUCUUUUGCAGAUUUGGGUGAAACCAGAAGGUCGAAAGCAAUUGCUACCGGUGUUCCACAAACUAAGGCUUGUGAAUUUGAUCAACAUUUCUGAAGAAUGUGAUUUGACUUGGACGAUGUUCAUACUCCAAGGUGCACCCGCCCUUAAGGAAC